AUGAUUACGAAGGUUGAAUCCACUAUCCUCGACAUUCGCAGCGUCGACACUUCUGAAUCAAUCUGUGAUCAAGUCGUUCGAGGUCUGUCGACCGAACCCCGAACCCUACCAGCUCUUCUUUUCUACAGCACCAAAGGUCUUCAGCACUGGAAUCAUCAUUCCCACCAACUCGAAUUCUAUCCCCGACAGGAAGAAAUUCGCAUUUUGAAGGACCAUGCCCACAGCAUUGCAAGCACUUUAGCUGACAACAGCGUGAUUGUUGAUCUUGGGAGUGCAAGCUUGGACAAAGUCCUCCUCCUCCUAGAAGCCCUCGAAGCCCAGAAAAAGCCGGUCCGCUACUACGCUCUGGACCUAAGUGCAACAGAGCUCGCUACUGCGCUGGCCAGCCUCCCCACCGCGAGAUUCCGCUACGUGCGCUGCGCCGCCCUCCACGGCACAUUCGACGACGGGCUGCGCUGGCUCCGCGAGACGCCAGACAUCCGCGACCAGGUGCACCACCUGCUUCUAUUCGGCCUGACGCUGGGCAACUACUCCCGGGCGAACGCGGCGACCUUUCUGCGGCAGCUCGCCGACCAGGUCCUGUCCGCCCACUCGGCCGAGAGCUCCAUCCUGGUAACGCUGGACAGUUGUAAGGUCCCCACGCGGGUGCUACGGGCCUACACGUGCGAGGGGGUGGUGCCCUUUGCUCUGACCUCGCUGGAGAACGCGAAUCAGUUAUUGGUGGGCGGGAGGGAAGGGGAGGAGAAGGCUGCAUUGCAGGCACAGACCCGAAACGCAUUUGACCCGAAGGACUGGGAGUACCUCAGCGAGUGGAAUUAUGUUCUUGGGCGACAUGAGGCCUCUUUGAUCCCCCGGACAAGCGAUGUGUCUCUGGGACCGCCCUUGGAAGGCAUCACGGUCCGGCGGGAGGAGAAGGUGCGGUUUGGAUGUAGUUAUAAGUACGAUCGGGAGGAGCUGGAGACGCUGUGGGAUGGGGCGGAGGUCAACAUGGUCAAUGAAUGGUCCAGCCCGGGCUGCGGGGUGCACUUUUACGGAUUGAAGAUGAGGAGGAACCCGGAGGAGUGUUCGUAG